AUGGAGGAAAGUAAAAUCGAAAAAGGCUCUAUCAGAAACCAUGAAGAUGAAAAAGAUGUGCAAGUCGGUACCAUCGCCGACCUCGACGAAGGUGGAGCCUUUCUUCAUGAGCACGGCUUCACGCAUGAUUCUAUCCAGGUGCUUCUGGACGAUGAACCACGCAAUAAGAAAGUGGUUCGCAAGGUAGACAUUGUACUCCUCCCACUGCUUGCAGGAACCUAUGUCCUGCAGUAUAUCGACAAGUCAGCCCUAGCUUACUCCGCCGUCUUCGACCUCUUCACGUCAACACACAUGUCCAGUAACCAGUACAGUUGGCUAGCCAGUAUUUUCUACCUGGCAUAUCUGGUCGCCGAAUAUCCCUGGAACAUCCUCGCGCAAAAGACUAAACUGGCUAAAGUGGUGUCGGGGAACAUCGUCGCUUGGGGCGCAGUUCUGAUGAUAACCGCUGCCUGCUCUUCAUUCACUGGCAUGGCCAUUUGCCGUUUCCUUCUGGGUAUCUUCGAAGCACCUAUCACCCCAUGCUUCAUGAUGAUAGUUGGAAUGUGGUACACCCGCGACCAACAGCCGUUCCGUGCUGGCAUCUUCUACAGCUGCAAUGGGCUCGGUGCGAUCAUUGGCGGUAUUCUGACAUUUGGAAUUGGCCAAAUCCACACCAUUGCCGUCUGGAGAGCCAUUUACCUUAUUCUGGGAGGUGUCACGGUGGCCUGGGGAAUUGUCAUGUUCCUCUUCCUCCCGGACGAUAUCAUCUCUGCAAAGCGUUUCAGCUUAGAAGACAAGGCUCUCUUGAUCGGCCGCAGUCGCCUCGGACGAACUGGUGUCAUGAACCACCAAAUCAAAUGGUAUCAGAUUCGCGAGGCCCUGAUUGACCCUCAAGUCUGGAUCCUGUUCUUUUUCACUCUGUGCAAUGAGGUCAUCAAUGGUGGAAUUGCCAGUUUUGGCAAGCUCAUUAUCAAAGGCUUGACUGAUGAUCCUCUCAAGACUUGUGCAUUGGGGAUACCAUUGGGCGCAUUCCAAGUCUUUUACAUUCUGAGUGGAACUUUCCUCGCCUCGCGAUUCCGUAAUUAUCGCACUAUCGUUAUGCCAUUGUACCUGAUUCCCACGAUCGUCGGCACCUGCUUGAUGUGGAAACUAUCCCACAAAACCAACAAAGUAGGCGUACUUUUCGGGUAUUAUAUCGUCGGUGCAUAUGUCUGUUCUUUGGUGCUGUCGCUACAGAUGCCGGCAACGAAUCUGGGAGGCUAUACCAAGCGAUCCACCGGUGUUGCUCUGGUGUUUUUGGCAUAUUGUGUUGGGAAUAUCAUCGGCCCCCAUGCAUUUUUGGCCAAGGAGGCCCCUUUGUAUCAGACGGGCUGCAAGGUCAUUCUUGCAUGUGCGUCUGCUCAAAUAGUUCUGGCUAUUGGUCUGCGACUGCUGUUGAUCCGUCGAAACAAGACGAGAGAUGCGCAGGCUGCUGCGGAUCAUGCUGGGGCUGGACCCCAAUCGGAGUACGACGAGCUUGCUGAUCUGACUGACUUUGAGGUGAGAAGUGUUCGACUCUGA